GCUCCUCAUUAUCCCUCCUAGCCUCCUUGCAGCCACCGCUCUCUGCUGGACUUUUAGUAGCUUUCCAGGCUGUAUCCUGUUUUACCUGCUUGCUUUGGAUUUCACAAACUCCUGCCAACCUGGCUUUAUCCCUUUGGUUCUGUUUGCGGAUUCAUGCCUGCUAGUCCGAUUAGACCAACUGUGAAGGUGAACCGCUGGUCAUUGUUUCAACCAACGACGACAACAGACUCAGACAUCGAUGAUAACAACAAGCUGAUUGGUUGGUCAGAGGGGCAACAGCUGACGGUGUGUCAACGAUGGGCCGGAAGUUGGAUCUGUCGGGCCUGACGGACAACGAGGCGGAGCAUGUGCUGCAGGUGGUGCAGAGGGACAUGAGGUUACGCAAGAAAGAGGAGGAGCGACUCAGUGAACUGAAGCAGGAGCUCGACGAGGAGGGCAGUCGCUGCCUCCUGCUGUCACGGCAGAGUUGCUUCAACCGGCGCUGCUGCAUCCGCUGCUGCGCACCCUUCACCUUCCUGCUCAACCCCAAGCGCCAGUGCCGUGACUGCCUCUACAACGUCUGUAAGGCCUGCCGGGUCUACAACAAGCGGGACAAAGCCUGGCUCUGCUCCGCCUGCCAGAAGAGCAGGUUAUUAAAGACACAGUCACUUGAGUGGUUCUACACUAAUGUGAAGACGCGCUUCAAGAGGUUUGGCAGUGCCAAAGUGCUGAAGACUCUUUACAGGAAGCACUUGGUGGAGCACAGUGCGCUCGCAGAGCUGACUGAGGGCAGCGCCUACGAGGAGAGCAUCUGCAAUGAGGGCAGCGUCUGUGGGAGCGACUCAACCUUCUACAGACAAACUGAAGAGCACAGCAUGGAAGAUACGCUCACUGUGGCCUUGCGGGUGGCAGAGGAGGCUAUAGACGAGGCCAUUUCCAAGGCUGAGUUCGAUUCUGCCAGUCAGGAGAAGCAGAAUGAGGCACACUAUCUACGGAAGCACAGAGGAGAGCUUGUUGAGGAACUGGCCAAAACUAUUGUGCAAAAAAUCAUUAGUAGGAGGAAGACUUUGGCUGACAUUAAGGCUGAGUAUAACGAGGAUUGGCCAUUUGAACACAACACGGACCUUCAUCAUCAUCAUCAGUCCACCGCUGAUCAAGCCUGCAGCUCCUUUAAAAACCAACCAGGCCUCUGGAGGUCACAUUCUGCCUUCUCACUGCUGGACGACUCUCCAGGUCUGAUACAAGAAACUCACCAGACAUUGAAGAAGGAAGGUGGUGGCUCAGCUAUGUCUGCUUGGAAGAGUGUAGACCGGCUGGACAAUCCCGGUGUGUCCUCAGUGCUCACGAGCCCAGAUGGGAACUGGAUUGCCCUGCAGAGCGCCCAGCUGUCGCGUCCCAGCCUGCUGACCAGAAGGAAGAGCCUGGUCUACAGUGCCUUGGAGAAGGAGUCAGGAGUGGUAUCCGCCUAUGAAGGCAUGGGCUUUGACAGUGAAACCAAAUCUGAGCCGGACAGUUCCUGGGGCACCGUCCUCCAGGAGAUUCACAAGAAGAUGACAGACUCCAACUUUAACCUCCAGGACACCGAGGACAGGGUCUCGCCACAGCUAAUGGACCACCGGGGCAGCAACGACAAUCUGUUUUCAGACUCUGAGGGCAACUGGAAGGUCAAUAAACCUGUGCUGGGUCGUCUUAAAAGGAAGGUGCCUGUGGAGAUCAGGCGACCUUCAUCAUUACCCAGGACCAACAUCAUCGACGUGAACUUUAACAUGGAAGGAGCAGAGGAUGAGAGCAAUGCGGCUGCUGAGUCCGCAGUUGGAAAAGUCAGGAGAUCACGGAAGAAAAGGAACAGUAAAAAAGAGCCGACAGCUUCUUCUCCUGUGCUGGAUUAUAACAAAAAAGACAACCAGUCCGAACCUACUUCUGAUGCUGUGACCCCUGAGACUUUGACCUCUGGGGCCACAACCCCUGAACCUUUUAACCCAGAGAGUGACAUCACCGGACAUGGAGCCAAUCAGAUGGAGCAGGAGCUCACGUUAAAACUGCAACAGCUCACAGGCAGAGUUUCUGACUCGUUUACGAGAGACGACGGGCUUUAUGGAGUGAGAGAUGCUGACGAUGACGCACAGAGUGAGGAAAGGAGACAAGGAAACGAGGACAAAGAUGAAAAAGAUGAAGAAGAUGAGAGGCCGUGGAGGAUGGAGAUCGAAUUGGAUGACAGAAGAACAGAGGAUGAGAGAGAGGAGGAGGAGCAAGACAUAGACGAAGACGAGGUGAAAGACCGAUUGUACAGGCUCGUCACACAGUCCAGACUCACAUACUUAUCGUCUACUGAUGACGAGUUAGACAGAGCAGGCCUGAGCGAAGGAGAAUGGGACGGAGAGAGAGAUGAAGAUAUGGAGGAGGACUAUAAAGAGCAGAAAGAGGAAAAGACAGAAGGACUCACUUAUAAACUCUGUCAGCUGGAAAAAGAAGUCAGAGCUACCCAGUUCUCAUCCACGGAGGAUGAGCUGGACAGAGUUGGCAUCAUGGAUGAAGAGAAGAAGACAGGAGAGGAGGAGGAGGAGCUGGCGGUGAAAGUGUGCAAAUUAGCAAACCAAGUCAAUGCCACCCAAUUUUCAUCCACGGACGAUGAGUUAGACGGGAGAGGCGAAGAGGGGGAGGAAGCGAUAGACGAAGUGACGCUUUGGAAACUGCAGGCGCGAAAAGCAGUCCAGGCGGCUCAAGUGCGCGACUUGGCCAGUCUAGUCAGCGCCUCUCAGUUUUCUUCCACGGAGGACGAGCUGGACAGAUAUGGAGAGAAUGAGGGAGAGAUGGAGCACGAGGUAAAUGAAGGAGGAAUAGAGAGCAGUGUUGAGAUGGAAAAAGUGUGGGAGGGAACAGUGGGAAAGAGUCAGGAGAGGAGAGAAUCCAUUGGAGAUUUAGAUGUGAAAAUGUUUGAUUUAAGGGAAGAAAUUGAGGAGAGAAUGAACGAGAGAAGUGAGGAGAAAGUAGAAAAAGCGACGACUGAGAACGUUCUGGAUUGUCAGAUAAAAUUUGAUGUCCAGCCAGAAAAAACAAAGAUAGAGGAACCUGAAGAGAAAGAUUGCGUGCAAAAGAGAGUGGCAGAGGAGACUGAGGAUGAAAGGAUGGAAGGAAAAGUUUUUAAAGAGACAGAGGAGAGACAGGAGAUGCAGUUAAAAACAGUGGUGGGAGCAGAGAGAAGGGAGGAAAGGACUGAGGAAAUAAUAGUCUUAUAUGAGACAAGAGUCGGACUAGAAAAUCAGCCAGAGGCGAAGUGGUCAGACAAAAAAGAAGGAGAGGAGAGACAGGAAGAGGAAAAGAUUAGAGAAAGCAAACAGACUCAGGAGAAAUGGGAAACAGCAUCAGACAGUGAAGAGGAGGAUGAAGAAUUUGACAGAAUAAUCAGCAGCAUGUUGAUGAUGACUUUGGAGGACAUGCAGGUAGAAAAGUUAAAGGAUAAAGGAGAAAACGGAGGGAUGAAUAGAGAGCUAGAGGAGGUAGAGGCAGACAAGAGGGAGAAAGUGGAUUCGAAGACAGACGAGACAGGAGGUGCAAAAGAAAGACCAGGAGAAAAUAUAACUGAGCAAACUGCAGGAGAUAUUUCUACAAAACAGGAGAGCAGCAAUGCUACAGGCAGGAAUAAAAAUGAGCAGCAGGAAAAAGACACAGAUCCACUAGAAAAACCGACAGAUAUGACAAGCGAAGAGACCAAUGAGGCCAAACAGACAUGUAAAAGAACGGAAGCGGAUGACAUGAGCACAAGAGGAGAAAUGACGACUGAGUGGCAAAUGAUGGAGACGCAGGGAGACGCUGCAGAGUGUGAAAGUAAAGACACAGAUGAAACACUCGAGGAAACCAAAGAAAAACACAUAGACGACACAGAGCAGAGCUGCACCUCGUCCCUUCAGGAUGGUUUACUGUCACCGGAGGAGAUUCAAAAUGCUAGUGACAUGGAGCUUUACAAAACAAUAGAGUUUAUAUCAUCUCUGCUGGAGCAGAGGUACUCAGCAGUGUCGCUGCGCAGCAUCACCACCGAGGUGCUGAAGGUGCUGAAUGCCACAGAGGAGCUGCUGCAGGGGGUGGAGGGAGGAGAUGGCCCCCGCCUCUCCACCACCUCACUGCCCCCCAACACUGACCCCAAGAAACUGGACCAACAGUUCUCCAGACUAGAGGAGAAUGUGUAUGUGGCAGCUGGUACAGUGUACAGUCUGGAGGCGGAGCUGAGUGACCUGGAGGAGUGUGCCAGGGGCAUCUGCAGUGCCACAUCCGAUAUGGAGCUGUCCUUCCUGGAGGAGCAGGUGGCAUCAGCAGCUGCCAAGGUUCAACAGUCUGAGCUACAGAUAUGCGAUAUCUCGGCAAGGAUUGCUGCCCUGAAGAGUGCAGGCCUCAAUGUGGACCCGCAGUCCUGCUUCCCUAAGACCAGGGCCAUCCCAGUUAUGCCAGUCACACUGGACUCAUCAAGACAGCUGAGGAGGCGAUUACCUGCACCACCGAUGAAGGAAGACAAGGAGACCUAACUCAUCCCCCCAGGACCUGUGCAGUACCUCCCACACAGCAGUGCCUUGACCCCAUCACUCUGCAGUCUACAGGCCAGUCUUAAGUGAUCCAUUCAGAUACCAUUUGCCUUAAUUCCAUCCUACACGAAACAUGCCUCAGAUAACACUGGACACUAGUACUGUAUGUGUAUUUUGUGUUGUUGUACAGUGUAAUAGUACAGGAAAUCAUUUUGGGGAAAACUUUAAGCAAUGAUUAACCUUGUAAAGAGAAGCAGCAGGUUAAAUCAGCUUAUCGCUCACUAAACCUGAGAACAAGAAAAUCACUAAAAAAUUGAGUUUUGCAAAAAAAGCAGUCAUACUGUGUAUGUGCAGGAGAUUCUUUUAGAUUUCCUAACAGCUGGAAUAAUGCUAAAUGUUUUAAUUGUAAUACUUGAGUUAAUUUUAACACUAAUAGUUGUCCAUUUGACUUGUUGAUGAAUUAAGUCAUACAUAUAGUGUAUUGAAGAGACACUGAAAUUAUCAGCAGUACAGCUACUGGAUGAAACCUGCAUUAGUACUGUUUUUACUGUAAAUCAUACUCAAUAAGCAGAUUACAAAUACAUGGAAACAAUUAAAGCAUGUUAGAAAAUUGUUUUGGGAGACCAUAUCAUGUCUAGAAUUAAUACUAUGGAUAUACUGUACACCUGUAUUUUUCCAUGGUUGUGGAUAUUUGUAAUGUUGUAGUGUACUUAUUUAUACAGCAAAGCAAUCAAUACAUAUGUUGUUUUCUGCCUUUACAGAAAAUAAAGAAAAGUCACUAAGUUCCAAA